AUGGCGACUAGAGGCAUGACCACACUCGAAAAAGAAAAGAAAGAGUUGGAAAACACUUGUGCAUGGUUAAGAUCCACUGUUGAAGAUGUCAAUAGGAAACAUUCUUACACGUUUAAUGAUCUAAAUCAUUCUGAAGCUAAAAUGGAACGAGUCUUGAACAUCUUGAAGACCACCUCUUUGAUCUGUAACUCAAUGGGAGAUGAUCACAAGGGUAUUGAUAAAAUAACUGAAUUUGGAGACAAUAUCAAACAUCACGUAAAAGAAGUUGAAGCGAUCAUGAAAGCUUUUGAAGCAAUGAAGAAAACAUUAAAGGAUAAAGAGAAAGAAGUUGAAGCAAUUACGAAAGCAUUCAAGGAUAAGGCGAAGGGGAAGAAGUUCUGGACAAUGGUGUCAUGUGCAACCACCGUUUUAGUUGUUGUUUCUUUAGUUUGUUUUUUUCGAGGCUAUCGCUUAAACGGAGGAUUUUGUUAA